UGUGGAAAACACAAGCACAUUCCACGUGAAAGGGUUGACAGAGCAAAAUGGAACUUAUCACAGCUUUCCUCCUUGGCAGUUUAUGCGUUCUGCUGUAUUUCUUAUUCUCUGGAAAACAAAGCAAAACUCUGCCAGGGCCUUAUGGUUUACCCCUAGUGGGUUAUAUACCUUUUAUGAGCCCUAAACCGUAUUUGGAUCUUCAGAAGUUUGGAAAAAAAUAUGGCGGCGUGUUUAGUCUUCAACUUGGAAGCCAAUAUUGCAUUAUUUUGGACGACUACCAGUCAAUUAAAGAUGCUUUUGCUCAAGACGCUUUUUUGGGAAGACCACCAGAAAAUCCAUUUGAUCUUAAAAAAGCAACUCUAGAAACUGGAGCAUUUAAUGGCCUUCCAUGGAAAGAGCAAAGAAGGUUUUCUCUUCAGAUACUGAAAGAUCUUGGGUUUGGAAAGUCUAAUCUGGAAGAUAUGAUGAAAGAAGAGAUCCGCGACCUGCUUGAUCACCUUGCCAAAUACAAUGGUCAACCCAUGCAACUGCGGCCUGUGUUGUCUCCUAGUAUGUCCAACAACAUCGCUUCCCUAAUGUACGGGAAAAGAUUGAAAUAUGAUGACCCUGUCCGAAUGAUGUUGGACAAAGCCCUAAUCGAGGGAGCCGCUGCUGCCGGACAAGUGUCUUGGCAACUCUUCUUCCCUUGGCUCGCAAGAUUGGUGAAGUUCUUCAAGCUGGGAUCUGAAGGGAAGCUAGCCAGGAUAACGAAAGAUGUGAACGAAUACACUUUGAAGGAAAUCUCUGAGCACGAGAAGACAUUGGAUCCAAAUAAUCCCCGAGAUUAUAUCGAUGGCUAUUUAAUGGAAAUAAAGAAACGGAAUGAUCCAGCAUUUUGCAAGGAAGUCCUCCAAGACAUGAUAGGCACAUUCUUUGGUGCAGGCAGUGAAACCGUUCGUCUGACAGUGGAUUGGCUCGUCCUUACGAUGGCUGUACACCAAGAUGUACAGAAGAAGGUACAGCAGGAGAUCGACAACGUGAUUGGAACCGAAAGGUUUCCCUCUUGGGAUGUCCAUAAUAAAAUGCCUUACACAGAAGCUACCAUCAUGGAGCUGAUGCGAUGGAGAACCAUCAUUCCUAUCAAUAUCCUCAGAUACACUCUUUGGGACACAGAACUGAACGGGUUCUUUAUUCCGAAAGACUCGUAUGUUUUGGCCAAUCUGUGGUCUGUUCACCACAAUCCAAAGUACUGGGGAGAAGAUGUAGACGUUUUUCGACCCGAAAGAUUCUUGACCAAAGAUGGAAACGAAGUGAUCAAACCAGAGUACUUUAUUCCGUUUUCAAUCGGUAAACGAUCGUGUCCUGGUGAAUCUUAUGCUAAGACUGAAGUUUUCUUGUACUUCACUUCGCUUCUUCAAAAGUUCCACAUUUCUUUACCCGAAGGAACAAAACCUGAUUUUGAUGGACAGCUGGGCAUUGGAUUAGGACCCAAUUCCUAUGACGUAUGCUUGAAGAAAAGAGUAUAGGGUUCAUAUAUGAAUAUUCAUCAAAAAAGAUUGCAGAACGUUUGGAAGAAAAAUUUUCUGUGAUAUAAAAUUCAAGAGAACUUUCUAAAUAUUGAAUAAACAUAUAUCAUUUAUUCCAUUUCUGUAAAUUUACCAGUCAAGAAUCACGAAAAUAAAUUAUAUACUU